AUGAAUGAGUUGGGACGCGGGUACGCCCGCAUUGAAGCCAUGCGUGGAGCAAGAGAUCCUAUGGGGAGUGUGCCCGAGUCAACACCACCACCACCAGACAAAUAUAACUCAGUGUAUCUUACGCUCUUCAUAUCCGGUGCAGCGUUCUUACUACCAUUUAAUAGCUUCAUAAUGGCGGUAGACUACUUCCAACAUCACUAUCCAAACUCAACAAUAAUGUUCGACAUGUCUACCGUUUAUAUCGCCUCUGCCUGUGUCGCUGUUGUCAUCAACAAUUUGUUACUCGACUUGUUCACGUACAACACGAGAAUAACUUUUGGAAUAUUAUUAUCAUUGGCAACAAUGAUAUUUGUAGCAGUAUGCAACAUUGGUUGGGACGGAUUCCCUAAUAACGUUUCUUACACAAUAAACCUGGUGGCUAUAGGUGUAGUGGCUUUUGGUUGCACUAUUCAACAAGCCUCGUACUAUGGGUUCACAGGAUGUCUUCCACCGAGAUAUACCCAGGCCGUCAUGGCGGGAGAAAGCGCUGCUGGUUUCUGGGUAUCAUUAGAUAGAAUCAUGACGAAGUUUGAGUUUAGUGAACCACAGAGGAGCACGUUUAUGUUCUUUACGUUUUCCAUCUUAAUUUUGCUGGGCCACUCGGUGCUACAUCACCUUAUGAUGCGUCAUCCUCUUGUCUUGCAUUAUCUGAGACUAACGGUCGAGUCACGCCAUAGACGUCGCAUACAACUACAUUUAAAUCCCACAGAAGAUGCCACCUUAAUGGAAAGUGAAGCUGGAGAAGCUACUUACGGAGUCCUAAAGCUACAAAGUCCAGCUCCAUCGAAUACAGGAGGAGACGGGGAUAAUGCCUUUAGCUUUGCCAAUCCAGUAUAUUCACCAACGGCUAGCGUUCCGGCACCCCUGGCUUCCCCACCUCCAAGCGUAUCUGAACCAUCUGCAUCUCCAUCAGCAGCACUCCAAACACCCCGACCUUCGUAUAAAGUCGAAGAGGUCGUCUUCGAACCACCAGAAAGGCCAACCUCAUGGAGGAGCUUUAAACGCAGCGUACAAGCAAGAUGGUCAGUAGCCCGCGCCAUAUAUCCUUAUAUGGUCUCUAUCGGUCUAGUCUAUUUCACCACACUCAGCCUCUAUCCUGGAAUUGCGUCUGAGGUGCCUUCGUGUCGCCUGGGAUCCUGGAUGGCUAUCGUUUUGAUGUCAUCGUUCAAUUUCUUCGAUUUGAUAGGAAAAAUUGCUGCAGCCUGGCCCUAUGAGUGGAGUCGAAGCCAGCUUCUAAUGGCAAGCGGUCUGCGUUUGCUGUUGGUUCCUUUGCUGCUGCUAUGUGCAGCACCCCGACAUUCUCCGCAUAUAGUGGGAGAUAUAUACCCUAUAAUGUUUUCUGUGAUUCUUGGCUUCUCGAACGGUCUGUUUGGUUCUGUGCCGAUGAUAAUGGCUCCAUCUCGCGUCGGGAGGGAACAUCGAGAAAUCGCUGGUAAUAUGAUGACUCUCUCAUAUAACGGAGGAUUGCUGUCGGGAACUUUAGUCUCGUAUCUAUUACUGAAUAUGCUGGGACCUCCAACUGGAUCUCCAUGCAGGAUAUACCCGACACCGCCGCUGCCCACCAUUCCGCCUGUUAUCACUACUCCGUUUAACAUAAGUUAUACCGUUUCUCCACAUUAA